ACUCCUGAACACGGCCAUCCUCACGGGGAAGACGGUGGCCAUGCCGGUCCGGGUGGUGUCUGUGGAGGAGAACAGCACCGUGAGGGACAUCUCGGAGCAGGUGGAGUGCAAGUCCGCCGACGAAGACGUCAUCAAGGUGUCCGACCACUGUAACUAUGUCUUUGUCAAUGGCAAAGAGAUGAAAGGCAAGGUGGACGCCGUGGUGAACUUCACCUACCAGCACCUGAGCGCGCCCCUGCACGUCACGGUGUGGGUGCCCCGGCUGCCGCUGCAGAUCGAAGUCUCCGACACCGAGCUCAGCCAGAUCAAGGGCUGGCGGGUCCCCAUCGUGACCAGCAAGAGGCCCGCUCGGGACAGCGAGGAGGAGGAGGAGGCAGAGGAGGAGGAGCAGCGGGGUCGAGGCUGCACUCUGCAGUUCCAGCACGCCACCGUGCGGGUCCUCACCCAGUUUGUGUCGGAGGGCGCCGGGCCCUGGGGCCCGCUGAGCUACCUGCUCAGCCCCGACUGGCAGCUGGACAUCACACACCUGGUGGCCGACUCCCUGAAGCUCGAGGCUCCGCACGUGGCCACGCUGCGGGACGGCCGGGUGCUGGUGGGGCGGGAGGUCGGCAUGACAGCCAUCCAGGUCCUGUCCCCACUGUCCGACUCCAUCUUGGCGGAGAAGACGGUAACCGUGUUGGACGACAAGGUGUCGGUGACGGAGCUGGCUGUGCAGCUGGUGGCCGGGCUGUCCGUCACCCUGCGCCCCAGCGUGGACCGGAGCCAGGCAGUCACCGCCGUGGCCACGGCCGAGGAGCUGCUGCGCUCCCCGAAGCAGGAGGCCGUGGUCAGCACGUGGCUGCGGUUCAGUGACGGCUCUGUGACCCCCCUGGACAUCUACGACGCCAGGGACUUCUCGCUGGCCGCCACCUCCCUGGACGAGGCGGUGGUAUCGUCCGCGCGGCCCCGCGCCCCGGGCCAGCCCUCGGUGCUGGCCGAGGGGGAGGGCCAGGGCCCCCUGCUGCGCCUGGACCUAAGCAUCGCCGAGGCCUGCCAGAAGUCCAAGCGCAGGAGCGCGCUGGCCGCGGGCGUCGGCCAUGUCGCCGUCAAGUUUGGACAGCACGACGCCGACGCAGGGCCGCGCGGCCAGCCCGAGGACGGGGACCUGGAGAACCACGCCAGUGACCGCCGGCCCAAGGGGCCGGACCCAGAGCGCCCGGGCCCGGACGGACGCCCGCAGGAUGGCGUCCCCGCGGAGCGGGACGAGGGGGCGCCGCGGGGGGCCCGCGCCACGGCCAGGCCCGCGCCCGACAGCAAGGUGGGCAGGAGCGGACGGACGGACGGGGGGCGGCCGUCGGGGGAGGCCCAGCUCCACCACAUCCCCAUCGACUUCACCAACUUCCCUGCCCUGGUGGGCCUGCCCAAGGCGGGCGGCGGGCUGCAGCAGAGCAACCCCGGGCCCGGCGCCCGGGGCCCCAGUGACCUGGAGAUCGGCAUGUACGCGCUGCUGGGCGUCUUCUGCCUGGCCAUCCUGGUGUUCCUCAUCAACUGCGCCACCUUCGCGCUCAAGUACCGGCACAAGCAGGUGCCCCUGGAGGGCCGGGCGUCCGUGACACACGCGCACGACUGGGUGUGGCUGGGCACAGAGGCCGAGCUCCUGGAGAGCGUGGGUACUGGGCCGCCCCGCCCGGACGAGUGCACCACCGCCGUGGACCGAGGGCUGGGCGGCUGGGAGGAGAGGGACCGUCUGCUUCUCAACGGGGGCACCCAGGUGUCCGCGCAGGCCCAGGUGCCGCGGCCCAGCGGCCCCGGGGGGACGCCGGCCAAGGAGGCCAGGCCCGAGCCGCUGCACUCGCCCACCGCCAAGCGGAAGAAGGUGAAGUUCGCCACCUUCUCCACCACCCCACCCGAGGACGGCUGCUCCCCAGUGAACCCCAUCCUCGGGGGCAGCGAGGACAUCAAGUGGGUGUGCCCAGAUCUGGCCGCAGCUGCGCCCAAGGAGCUCAGAAACUACCUGGGGAAAUAACGCCCAGGACCACCUGGUCCUCCCAGGGAGGACGAGGCUGUGAGCUGGGCAGAGGGCAGAGGGAGCGGCCGUGGGG